CCGCCUGCGCGCCUUCUCCUCCGCAGCGGCUCAUGACCUUCCAGCCGACGACUGUGUCCGGUUCGAGGACGUCGUUCGGGCGCACCACCGCAUCAGUCGGGCAUCGUCCGAACCGAGUGCAGGCCGUCGUACCACCUGUCCAACAUGACGGGUUGUAGCAUCCACCUGAAGAAGGAUCAGUCACAGGUCACGGGUUCCUUCAAGGAGCGCGGCGCACGCACGCCAUCAUGUCGCUCAGCGAGGAGCAGCGGCGGCGCGGCGUGAUUGCCGCCUCUGCCGGCAACCACGCGCUAGCCCUCGCGUGGCACGGCUCGCAGCUGGGCGUGCCGGUGACAGUGGUGAUGCCAACCGUCGCGCCGAUGACCAAGGUCCAGAACUGCAGGCUCUUCGGCGCGAACAUCAUCAUUCACGGAGACCACAUCGGCGAGGCCAAGGACUAUGCGCUGCAGGACCCCGCGCUGCAGGGACUGACCUACAUCAACGGCUACGACGACGUCGAGGUCAUCGCGGGCACUGGCACGCUCGGCAUCGAGAUGCUGGAGCAGGUCCCCGACUGCGAGGUGCUCGUCGUGCCCAUCGGGGGCGGCGGCCUCAUCGCCGGCAUCGCCCUCGCCGCCAAGACGCUCAACCCGGCGGUGCAGGUGGUUGGCGUCGAGCCGCGGCGCUGCGCCUCGUACACCGCGGCGCUGCGGGCGGGACACCCGGUGACGGCGGAGGUGCUGCCGACGCUCGCCGACGGCCUCGCGGGCUCGGAGGGGUCGGAGGGGUCGGAGGGGUCGGAGUGCUGA